AGUUUUUAUAACUCAUGGACUGUGAAUAGCAGGGAUUGCACUGUAAAUAGGUGUAAUCGUACUGGCCUUCUGGUCUUGGCCAGAAUUCCUUUAUGAAGAACUUGAAAAAUAUUUAAAUGGCAACAAGAAGCCGUCCUUUAUUAAAUUCGUAAACGAUAAUAUUGAUAUGCUUCCCAUGUGGUCAAUUGAAGAUCAUGCAAAUACAGGCCCUGUUUUGUUUGGUAUCUGGUAUGAAAGGUAUAGGCAAACUUAUGGUGAAUUCAACGAGACCUCAAGGAAUUUAAAAAAGCCGCAAUACAAUUAUCUCAUUUGGAAUUCAAUCAUUGACAAAAGCAGAAGAAGAAAACGAUUAAAGUCAAGUUACCACGAAGGCGCAUUAGACUUGUUAAUAGAAGCACAACGCUCUGCCACUGAUGAAGGAAGACGUUUACUCAAUCCUGGUACUGUGGCCUUUCAUUCUACUGAUUCUGGUGAAAUUACAGUCGAUGGAAAUGCCCAUAAGUGGUUGAUUGGCCCUAUUGAAGGUCACAGUGUAGGCUCUGCUAUUUAUAGUCUGCGCACACCAUCACCGCGUUUUUUGGGUCCUCGAUUCGAUAUAGCUGACAAAGGCGACUCUUCCUCUGAAACAACUCAAAUAUCAGCCGAAAAUCAUGAAACUGACGUUUCACUUGGUUUAUUGUACAAACCGAUUGAUGAUCAAGCUUCAGAAUUGACAUUUUAUAGAAGAUUUGCGAUGUUGCUACAGACUUUGUUUUUAAUGAUCUUAAUAUGACUUUGGAUGAUGGUGAAAUAGUUGCAAAAGCCACAAAAAUACCAAAACAGCUUGUGACAUUAUGUACACUUUGCUGUUUUGGUAUUUUUGUGGCUUUUGCAACUAUUUCACCAUCAUCCAAAGUCAUAUUAAGAUCAUUAAAAACAAAGUCUGUAGCAACAUCGCAAAUCUUCUAUAAAAUGUCAAUUACGAAGCUUGAUCAUCUGUUUUGGUAGAAAAAUUGAUUUAUUGUUAAGAAUCAAGGGCUUGAAGGU